CGUCGAGUGUAGCCAUUUUGGACGGUUUUCCGCGUGAUUUAGCUAUUUUUUUUAAUUGGGUGGGUUAUAAUUUGGGCACCUUUUUGUGUUUACGCCUAGGAGAAGUUUGCCUGUAUUAUUUGAGAAGGGAGGGAGCUGAGGUGAUGUUACCAUGUGAGGUGAAAGGAACAGGUGCAUGCAGGUGUAAUAAAUGGUAAACUGGAACACUCACUGAGCACUUUAUUAGGAACACCUGUACACGCUUAUUUAUAAAAUUAUGCAAUCAGCCUAUCAUGUGGCUGCAGCGCAGUGCAUACAAAAAUGCAGAUACAAGUUAGGAGCGUCAUUUAAUGUUCAUACAACACAUCAGAAUCAGAAAAAAAUACAUCUUCGUGACUUUGACUAUGGUAUGAUUGUUGGGGUAUUUCUGAAACUACUCAUCUUUUGAGAUUUUUACUCACAACUGCCUCUAGAGUUUACUCAAAAUGGUGUAAAAAAACAAACAAACAAAUAACAUCCAGUGAGAGGUUGUUUGGCGGGCAAACACACAAUUAAUUAAUUUUCCAAAUUGCAUAGAUAGAUAGAUUAAUUGAUUCUAGGCUCAGACUGCUACUUUUUGUCCGUCAAAUCUGGCAACACUGUCAUCGGCAUGUUGCUAAGCAACGACAGAUUUACAUUCGGCAAAAACGACUGCGGACAAGUUCGAAUCGGGUGCAGCAUGAGCCACAUGAGUGGCAGGGCUUUAUCAGACAACAAAAAGAUCCUAAAUUUUUUGAACAAGCAAUCAAGAGCAACAGAUAAAAACUGCUGCUCAGUGAACAGAUUCACUGCAGAUGGGCAGCACAAAAUGAAACGACUGAAGAGCCGCAAGGAGAGGAGUCAGAUGAGAGCUGGUGGGAAAGAGGCCUCAAAGAAGAAAUUACAUCACCAUCACUGCCGUCACCAAAGCAGUACAGACAUGGCACAUGCCAAUCACUGUUGUCAUAGUAGUUGUCAUUGUCCUUCACUAUUUCCAAAUGUCAUUCCUGCUUCACAUGAGCCCAGUAUCAUCACAGACAGCCGACUGAUAGGACACCAUGGUCUAUUCAACCAUGAGGUGAAGUCUAUUGACAUUGAACGCCUGUUAAGUGAGCAGGGGAAGCUGGAGAAAAGUGGACAGAAAACACAAAAAAAGAACCAUGCCAUUUCACAUCCAUCUUCAACUACUCACAUUCCUCCUCCAUUGUCCAGUAAGGAUUUGCUGUGUGCUGAUACUGAUGCGGUUGUGCCAUUUGAAAAGAAAGCAGACCCUGCUACAAACAUCUGUGAUGACAGCAGGGAAAAGGAGAAGAAAAUAAGUCAUGGAUUAGAUGUUACACCUGGGCAGAGACCACAGCAACAACUUGAUCUUUCACCUCAAAGCAAUAAAUGCAUUUUCUCAUCUAACCACAGCUCCCUUGAUGUAGUAAUAAUCAAGAGCAAAAUGGCCAACUCUGUCAUGCCUGAAAAGGACAAAGCAUCUCCACUGACUUCAACUGCUGAUAGAAAAAGUGUGAAGGCAUGGAAAAAGAAGGUCAAGACACACAUAAUUUCUACUUUUGAGUCCACCCCAAAGAACCAAGAGCCUCCUGAAUACCAGACACAAGGUCAUGGCCUCAGCCCAAGCCCACUUCAGCUCUCCAGCUCACUCACUGCUGAUAGCUUUGACAUACAACACAGAAGACCAGGUCCCAGAUGUGUAUCUACGUCUGUCAGUGCAAUGGCAGCACGUUUGUGUGACUGUUUGCAGUUCCCACUUCUGAGAAGGAGAAACCUGGUGGCAGAGAGCAGGGAGGUGCUAUUGAAGGCUCUGCGGGAGAGGCAUGGACCCCGGCUUCAGGAGAACCUUCUCAAGGAGCAGCGACGCCUCAGUUUUUGUACCGAUCUCACAAAUGAAGUCCAGGAUCACAAUCAGGAGCCAGCCAUGAUAGAUGAAGAUGCAUCAGUAUUUCAAGCCAACGCUGCUGGUCGGCCAUGUUUUGACACCAAGAAAACCAAAUCCUUCAAAAUAAUGGGAAGUAGUCAUUUUAACUGGAAGUCCAGUCUACAGCGACACCAGAGCCUUGAAGAGACUGCUGAAUGGCUCAGAAGCCCUGUGAAUACAUCUGCCAGUCUUUUGGAUGAUAUCCCCAGACUAAGAUGCUCUCCUCAGUUCUGUAUGGACAUUGAGUCCUCUGGAACUUCAGCAAGCGAUCAUUUGUUUGCGCCCUGUCCCACCUCAUACUGGGGAGAGAGAGCCUCAGCAUCUCAGCACUGGGCAGACAGUUUCAACAGGCCAAGGAGCAAGGAGUCUGUUAUUUUUGAUUCCUUUGAAAACCGCUUUAUGAACCAAACCACAGCAGUUACAGAAAGGAGCCGUGGGCCUCACUACAAUGAUAGCAACAUCCAGCCCUUCUUUCUUUACCAAACACAGCUGCCAGAUAGACGUUCAGCAGAGCCAAUGCACUUUCCCCAGGAGCAAGACCCAUUUGAAACUGAUAGAUAUUCUUUGGCUCCCUCCUUCUCCACUCAAAUUCACCAUCCUAAUCAGAGCAACCAUUUCCAGCCUUUUAGCCAAUUCAGUCACCCUUCAACGUGUCCACCCUUCAGGUCCCACAACAUUGACAUGAUGCAUUACCCCCCAUCUCACGUGCUUGAAAGAGGCCCAGCCCUUCCCCUUUCUUCUUUACCAAGCCCUGAGCACUGGUCCUUUCCUCCUAUGAAACUGUACUAA